GGUCGGCACGCAGAAGAACACAGAUUGGUGCUGACUUGGAUUACUUUCCCGUCUAUCUGACGUCGGGAAUCUGUAGCCAUUAGAAGCUUUGAGGAAUGGGCUUCUACUAUGGCUGCAGAAAUAUUCUAUGGCUUUGAAUUGCUGUUACUGAAGAGAUUUCAGUCCGACCUUCGACUUUGGCAUGAAUGGAAACUCAAACUGUUGGACAAAGCCGGGGAGUGUUUUGGGUGCAUUGAUGCUUUGGAGGAUUUAGGGGACAUACCACAGUCUCUCUGGUUCCUUUCUGUGGCUCUGCACAAGCGUCAGAAGUAUGUGCUGCAGCUGGUGUAUCAGGAGGUGAAGCGAGAGCAGGAAGGAAGGCUCAAAAAGUCAGGAGACACAUUACUGUCAACCUACCUUAGUUAUCAUCAGUUCACAGAGUUUCACCUGGAUAGUAUAUUCAAAUAUGGAGAAGAUAACAAAUUACCUAGAGAGUUAUUCAAGUGCCCUAACGUGACGUAUUUGUCCCUGAAGUACAACAGCCUGGACCAUCUUCCUGCUGACAUAGGCCGUAUGUCAAGGCUGGAGUACCUGGCCCUCACCAACAAUAAACUCCAGGUGCACUCCAUUCCUUACUCACUGACAUUUUGUCGUAAACUCAAAACGGUGCUCCUAGACAAUAACCUGCUGGAUGCCCUGCCUGGCUUUUUGCUCAAGAUGCCGUCCAUCGAAACAGUUCAUCGCCAUGGCAAUCACAACUAUUUUAAGGCAACGUUCAUGUGGUACCACACGGAUGUAAACUUUCGCAUUAUUCCCGUGAGUGGGAGUAACGAUGCAAACAUGGAUAUUACCGAGACGUUGGAAUUCUGGGCUGCCAAGUCCCUGAUUGGUUCAAAAGUGGAUUUCUAUUCAGACCACGGAGUUGCUGUGGUGAUCAAGGACUACAUCUCGGAUAUUUAUGACAACUUUAAUAUAUGUAACUAUUGUAACCAGGCAUGCCUGGCCAGUCAUUCAGGUUACAAAGUUAUCACAUUUAAGAAUCCCUACUUGGGCAAUACCUGUGUGCCUUUCCAACAUUGGGCGUGUUCUAUUGACUGCGCCAAAGCGUUGGAAGUUCCUGCCAGAGUGGAGCAGAUUGCUGCUGCUAGAGACUUGGACAGGCAAUAUGAGGACUUCAUCCAGGAUUGCCAAAAGAACUUUAUAGCGUAUUUUGAGUCCAGUAAAUUCUGUGGCUGUGGUGCACUCUUCAGGGAGGAGACAGAGGAAGUCCAAGAGCAGACAACUCACAACUGUCAUUGUACCAUCAUGUGAUCUACAUUUGCCCCGGAAGUCCACUGAAAAUGAUUUUACUCAAAUGAAGUAAAUUUUUUGAGAUUAAGCAUGAUAUCAUCGGUAAUAUUUGCACAGACUGAGAGUUUGUGAUGAUGAGUUAUUUGUUUUGGACGAUGGAAACAGGAUGUUUGGUGAAACUACAGCAUUCUCUCACGGGAGAGGGUUAAAAAAAAAGUAAAUGAAAUUGAGGUGAUUUGAUGUGCAGAUAAUUUCGUCCCAUCACACGCUCUUGGGAAAGUUAAUAAUAUUGUCAAAAUCCAUGUAGAAUUCUUUGUCACUUGAAUUUUUAAUGAUGUUAUCACAUGAGUAAACUCAUUUUGCAUUUUGAAAUUUUGGUUUCAUUUUUAACCAGAUAGUGUGGCAUAUAUGUUUUUGAUGUUGCUCAUAGUAACUUAUUGAUACUAGCAUUUUUUUGUAAAUGGAUUUCUGGAUUGUGAAUUUACAGCCUGAAAAGAUGAACUAUAAUCUGUGCUGAAAUGAAGUGAUGUAUGAACUAUGGCUCUUUUAUUUUCCUCGGCUCAUACAGAGAACAUUUGAUGGAAAUUUACAAAUGUCUGCACAUUUUAUUUUAGAAUGGAAAUUAACUAUGUUAAGUCGUAAAGUAAUUUGCGCAAUAAGAAUCGUUCAGUAUGUAUGAUGGUAGAGACUUGUGAAGGCAAAACAUAAUGGUAUGAAACAUUUAAAUGAUUACCGUGAGUGGUAGAUAAGCUUCUGUUGACACCGAUGUCAGUAUUCCCUUUGCCUGUCUAAUCUGUAUGCAAUUCAUGGAAACUGUGAUACAUUACGUGUAUAUAGUCAUUACCUAGUAUACUGGUGUCUUCUGACACGCACAGUGCUUAACUUACAACUAACAAGGAUUUAAUGGACUUCUCAUUGCAUGCGUAUGAAAGAUGUGUUUAUAGCAUAUCAUACCAAACAAAAGAUGACAGCGAAAAGAAAAUAUGAUGAGAUUAGAAAAAGAGACAAAAAUUAAGUUACGUUAUAUUCUAUGUCCAAAGAGAUUGUUAUAAUGGGAAUUGUGGGAUUAUGCGGGAAAGUGUUUAAUCGUGGUGUAAGAUUAAUUGUAAAUUAAUAAGUGUAGAAUAAGUGUAAUUUAUGCAUAUACUGCUACAUGCAGUGAUGAUA